AUGUGGCUGUGGGAUCGACCGGUAAGGCACAUACGGAAGUAUGAAGGAGAGGUUCCGCUCAGAACUGCUACGGUACAUGUGCCGAGUGCCCUUUGUCACGUGACCUGGAUACUGAAUCGAGAGGCGAUAGUCUAUCUUUAAAUGCAUAUAUUGUAGAAGAUCAGUAACCUCAAAAGGAAAAUGAAGAGAAACCACGACGAAGAAAUAGUUUCUUCUCGUUUGAAUUCCCGUGAUCCGGAAGUAGUAUAUUCCCGGAGCGAAAUAAAAGGCGAGCCUGAUUUUGAUAACAUCGCACAAGCUUUAGGAAAAGAAUGGACAACUCUCGGAACAGCCCUGGGAUACAGAGGUGCCCAGUUGGACCACCUAAGGGAAAUUUACCAUGGCCGGCCUGUGCAGAGGAAUCACGUUAUGUUGGAAAUGUGGUGGAAAGUCAUGACGUCCCGAAAAGAUCGAUGUGAAGUAACUCAACUGUUAGCAAAAAUCAUGGAUGAUUCUGGCCUCAGAGUGAUAGGGGAGGAAAUUGCAAGUUGCUCUGAAGUAUCUACUACACAAGAAGAAAUGGAAAUGCUUGUUUCGAAGAUCCGUUUUGAUAUUGAAAACAACUCUGCUCAGAAGGAACAACUUCAAUGUUUUAUUGAAGAAUGGAAAUCUCGAGAUAAAAAAUAUUUUGAGCCAAGAUUCUUCUCCAACGCUAAAGAAAUGCUUAUUAAAAACGGAUGUGUAACUCUUAUAGCGCCCCCUGGUGACGGAAAGACAGCAACCUGUAUGCACCUUGCACUUCAAAUGAUGGAUGAUGGUUAUAGCGUUCAUCCCAUGAGUACACAUAGGGAACUGAAAAACUGCAACCCCAAUGAAAAAGCAUUGUAUAUAUUAGACGACCCGAUCGGGACAACCAUGCUUGAGAAAAAACAGGUGCGUAAGUUCCUACAACGAAGUGCUGUUAUAAAUAGUUGCAUAGAAAAGGGCAGCACGAAAGUGAUCGUAACCAUGAGAAAAAGACUUUACAAGGAAGGAAAACAUUUGAUUCGGGACAGUUACAUGGCAAAGAAUUGUAUCGAUCUUACAGCGGAGUGUAAUCGGUUGAAUCUUGAAGAAAAAAAUGGAAUUAUUGGUAAACAUGGCCUUGCACGGGACAUAUUUAAAGGGCACAUAAACGAAGAAUAUUUCCCCGGGUUUCCAGUUCUUUGUCAUCUUCUAUCUGUGCCUGAUGCCAAUGUUUCCGAACAGAAGCUUGAUCCUGUUUGUGUGAUUAAAACACAGAUGGAGGACUUGAGACUCGCCAAAGGAUACAAUUAUUGCGCUUUGAGCUUAAUUGCACUUUUUGACGGUGUGUUUGACAUGGACAUUUUAUUAGAGGUUGACCGUAGCAACGCACCCACGAAUGAGAAAGUGAUAGACGUGGUCCGUUCGUGCGGUUUGUCAGGUGAAAGAAAGACCUUUCAUAAAAUCCGCAAGUGUUUUGAUGGUAUGGAGGACGUUUAUGUGAUAAAGGAUCAGAUUGGAAAUCACAGAUUCUUGCAUGAUUUCAUAUAUGAUGCUGUUGCUGUCUUGUAUGGAGCAGAAAACGUCCCAGUUGUCAUUAGACAUUUCAGUCCAGCGUUUCUGCGAUGCCGGAUUCGAGUAAAAUCUACGAACGUAGAUGUUGGCGUUGAUCAGAUAGAGCUGUUACCCAAAUACUUCACAAAGUUUGCCGAACGCAUAUCUAAGGACCUUCAGCAUGGAUUCAUUACCGACGUCUUCACUAAUCCGUCUAUCCUAAAUGUUGAAUUCCAGAGCUGUUUGAAAACAUGUUUAUUGGAGUACCCAGAAGAUACAAGGAAGAAAAUGCUCUCUUAUCAACCAGAAGUGAUUUAUAAUGAUGACAAAGAAAUGAAGAAGGCUCUUGACUUCGCUAUCUUAUCCGCAACACCGAUUCACUGGAUGAGUAGGCUUGGGAUGUGUUCCUUUCUGCGUGAGUUGCUAGACACAUUUGGUAGUACUUUUUUGAACUCAUUACCUGGAGGUACCAUGCCAUUGCAUUUCGCUGCCGGCUAUGGACAUUUAGACACAGUCAAGUUGCUACUAGAUUUCGAUGCUGACGUCAAUGCUAGGUCCAGACUCCAGAUUGAUGAAAGUUUAAAGGGAAUCGGUGAGUAUUACACUGGAUUUACUCCCCUCCUCUAUGCAUGCCGAGAGAACCACGUUGACGUAGUGAGUUGUUUACUGCAGAAUGGCGCCAAUCCAGACCUGGUGCGAGACCAUGGCGGCUCUCCAAUGCUGAUCACGUCAGACAAGGGACACCAUAUAGUUAUCAGGAAACUGCUUGAUUACAACGCAGAUCCAAAUAUAUGUUGUGAGCAUGGCACAUCACCGCUUUUCUUGGCAUCACAGGAAGGACACAGUGAGUCUGCCAUGACUCUGCUGGAAGGCGGAGCUUUCAUAAAUCAUAAGAAACCUUCAGGAGUAUCUCCGUUAAGCGUGGCUGUGAAGAGGGGUCAUAUGGACACUGCACUGCGUCUCCUGAACCGAGGAGCGAAUAUACACACAACAGACAAUAAUGGCAACACUCCAUUACACAUAGCUGUACUGGAGAGAAGGGAGGAUAUCGCAGAGAUGUUGAUAUACCGCGGAGCGGACGCGUCAAUGCUAAACAAUGGAGGUCACUCUGCACGAAGUCUAUCAAUAGAAAUGGACGGAACACCUUUGAUAAAAACCCUCCAUGGUCUUCCAAUAACAAAGGGGUGGACAAAAUGACUCAAUUAUUAAAUGGAUAUCAAGUGUGGUGCAACCUGUCCCGCCUUUGCAUCAGGACAUUGCUGACUAUCGACGCCAUCAGACAAACUUUACUGGAUCAGUGUUAAAAGACUGAUGAAAUAAUAUAAAGAUACAAAAGAUAUGAAUCACAUAUACAGGUUAAUAAUGAACAAAUGUUUAAGUUUCAAAUUUGACAUAAGACGAAUGUAAAAAAAAAUAUGUGUUUUAUGACUUUUUGCUAUUUUAAUGUAAACAUAUUUUAAAAGUUUAACAAAAAUAUCAGACAUAUUAUGAAAACGUUGUAUGUUUGAAAUCGAUUUAAAAAUACAGAUUUUUAUACAAAUAUUUUUCGAAUUCAUAGUUUCGAAACCUUGGGCGAAUGAGUUUAUUGUCAUUACACUUUUUCAAGAGUGUACGUACAUAUUUUUCUAAUCCUUACACUUAAAAAAAUAAAUAACAUUUCUUUUGCAUCAUUGCA